UCCUUUCUCUUUCUCUCUCCUCUUUUUCUCUCUCUAAAACGCUGAUCAUCUACGAUGUUCCCACGACUUCUCUUCCUCUCACUGCAAUGACACCUCGCCGGAGUAUCAACACCGCCGGCGUAUCAAUCCUACCGUAUCUGCCGAAUUCACUUAUUCAGCCACCGUAUGCUCCGCCGUUGUAUCAAUUCUGUUUUUAAAAAAUAAGCCCUACGAUAUGGUUAACAAACGCGUUCCCGAUUGGCUCAACAGCUCACUCUGGUCGUCUCCUGGACCACAACCUUCAGUUCAAUCUCCAUCUUCAUCGCCGACGCCGUUAAAUGAGGAUGACAACCGGUCUACACGUUCAGCUACUAAAUCAUCUACUGUUACUGUUAACGCCGUUAAAGCUGGUGGUUCGGCUAAUGACGGAGAGUUAACGGUCGAACGGCCUGGUUCAAUGACGGCAGCCCCGGCAGUGGUUAGAGCGGAGACUAGGCACGGGCCUCCACGCGCUAAAGCGGAAAUUAGAGAUCCUUUGAGUAGUAGUAGUAAUUAUCAUAGUGAUGAUGAAAAUGGAAGUUCCGCUAGUAGUACAAUGACGUCUGCAUCUGCUGCUGCUGCAGCAGCUAUUUCGUCAGCUGAGGAUAUUUCUCGUCAGGCUCAGCUUUGUCAAGAGUUGUCAAGAAAGAUUAUAAACAUGGGAGAAGUCAGGAGGCUAGCAUCACAAGGGAUACCAGAUGGAGCUGGCAUUCGUGCUACAGUGUGGAAGCUGCUAUUGGGAUAUUUGCCGACCGAGAAAGCACUAUGGCCAACAGAGUUGGUUAAAAAGAGGUCUCAAUACAAGCAUUUUAAAGAGGAGCUUUUGGUGAAUCCUUCGGAGAUUACGAGGAAGUUGGAGAAGUCGGUAAUACUUGAUGAUGAAGGAACAGUUAUAGAGGACAAGGGUGCACUCCCAAGAUCAGAGAUACCUCAAGGAGAGCAUCCUUUAAGUCUUGGGAAGAAUAGCAUAUGGAAUCAGUUCUUCCAGGACACGGAAAUAAUUGAACAGAUAGAUCGAGAUGUCAAGCGCACACAUCCAGACCUGCACUUUUUCUCUGGGGACACACCAUUUGCAAAAUCUAACCAGGACUCUCUGAGGAAUAUACUCAUUAUCUUUGCCAAACUCAAUCCUGGUAUAAGAUACGUGCAAGGGAUGAAUGAAGUAUUGGCUCCACUAUUCUAUGUAUUCAGGAACGAUCCCAAUGAGGAAAAUGCAGCAUCUGCAGAAGCAGACACUUUCUUCUGCUUCGUGGAGCUAUUGAGUGGAUUUCGUGAUCAUUUUUGUCAGCAACUUGACAAUAGUGUUGUUGGAAUUCGUUCUACAAUUACAAAGUUAUCACAAUUUCUGAAAGAACAUGAUGAGGAGCUCUGGCGGCAUCUUGAAAUGACAACCAAAGUGAAUCCACAGUUCUACGCAUUCAGAUGGAUAACACUUCUGCUAACACAAGAAUUCAACUUCCCGGACAGCCUGCUUAUAUGGGACACACUACUAAGUGAUCCUGAAGGACCUCUGGAAACGCUGCUUCGAGUCUGCUGUGCUAUGUUAAUUAUUGUUCGGAGGCGUCUACUUGCUGGGGAUUUCACUUCUAAUUUGAAGCUACUCCAAAAUUAUCCAUCCACAAAUAUCAGUCACCUCCUCUACGUAGCCAACAAACUACGCGUUAAAUCAGUCUAAAUCUGUCAAAGCGGAAAAGAGAUUUUGGUUGGUCCAGUCUAAUUCUUUGUAUUUCUUGGUGUUGUGAUGUAAAUGUCUCGUCAAUUCAGUGGUAGGCAUCUGCAAACUCCCUCCCCCUCUCUUCCCUUCUCUCCCAAUCAUUCGUCUUGCAUUUUGUUCUCGUGUUUACGCUUAUCAGUGAGUGUUAAAAGCUGUUGUUUUUUGGCUUUGGAAAUAUUUAUUGUAUUCUCAAAUGCAUUCCUCACAAAGGCUUUUGCACAAUUUCAACUCUGUUGGUGUUAAUUUACACAAUUUUCCUCAUA